AUGGAGAAGUGUGACGUACAGCGGGUGGAUUCGUCUUCCUUUAGCCAGGCGCGAGAGCUGAAAGUGUUGCGCCUUCAUCGAAACCGCAUCUCGAGACUAUCGAACUACUUGUUCCGCAACGCUACCAAAUUGGAACGCAUCAACUUUGGGGGAAAUCGUAUCGAUGAGGUCGAGGAACAGACCUUCCAAGGUAUCGCGGGGCUCGUGACGCUCCGAUUGUCCCGCAAUCACAUUAAGGUGCUGCCUGCCAAGCUUUUCGCCGGAAUGAAGCAGCUCACGGAUCUGAACGUCGAUCACAAUCGCAUCGAGUUCCUGUCUGAUCGUUCGUUCGAGGAUCUGACGUCGUUAAAGGAACUGUACCUUAGUUACAACUUUCUUCAGAAUCUCACCGACAAUGCGUUCGUUGGGUUAGCGAAUCUCAACACGUUGGCAUUACAUUCGAACCGAAUUGCGACGAUUGCACCAAACACUUUCGCACCGCUGACGAGUCUGGAAACUCUACUACUGGAGGACAAUCGUUUGCAAGCUAUUGCUCCGGAAUCGUUCGCAGCGUUGGGCAGCUUGAUCAAACUCGAGCUGGAUAAGAACUUACUAGAGAACAUACCAAAGGAUUUGUUCAAACGUAACAGACAGCUACAGAUUCUGCGUUUAUCUGAGAACAGCAUUAGUUCGUUGGACUCGCAUAUCUUUGAAACUUUAGGUGAUCUGGAAGAACUAACGCUUACUGGUAAUGCGCUUCAGGCUUUGGAUACGAGUCUUUUUAAAAACCUGACCAACUUGAAGACACUUAACCUUGACAAAAACUCUUUAAAUAAUAUCGAUGCCGGAACGUUCGACGAGUUGAAGCUUUUAGAAAGUCUAUCGUUGGCCAAUAAUGGACUUUUGUUCUCGCCUGAAGCAGCAUUUCUAAAGAAGCUAAAAUGGCUUCGCAUUCUGGUGUUGGAUUACAACUUUCUCUCGAUGUUCAACCCCACAUUUUUCUUAGGAGCACACAAGGUAGGAAAUCUGCAUUUGAUCAGUAAUGAAUUGCAAACGAGUGAAGUACCCUCUUUUGGUAUUAUGCCAAAGUUGACAGAGAUUGUGCUAGAUAAGAAUAAGCUUGUGUACAUCGAUAAGAAUCUACUCUCGGAAUGUCGACAUGUGACGCUGCUCUCAUUCCAACAGAAUCAGAUCGUGCAGAUUGAACCAGGUUCGUUCGAAACAUUGAGCAGUGUGCUGGAGCAGAUUGACCUCAGCCAGAACUAUAUUACCAACAUUUCGAACGUACUGUCCAACCUAAGUGCCCUCAGUAUCGUAGAUCUAUCGGACAACCGCCUAAGUGUGCUGCAGGAUGAUGCAUUUGAUGGGUCGGAUGCUCUAAUGAUGAUAAAUUUGGAUAAUAACUUCAUACAAGUCAUUCCGGCUGCUCUGGCAAAAUUACCACAACUAACAGAUCUGUCAUUGAUUGGAAAUAGGCUCAAAACCACUGUUUCUCCUGCCAUCGCAAAUGGAUUCGCUGGUCUGUUGCGAUUGUAUCUCACGAAUAACUCGAUCACAACACUUCAGGUCAAACAAUACCCGAUGCUCGUUGGACUCCACCUAGAAAAUAAUCAAAUUAAGAGCAUUCCCGAUGACGCGUUUGAGACGAAUGAAGACCUGAAAACACUUUAUCUGUCCAACAAUCGGAUCACGGGAUCGCUAGACCGCUGCUUCCUUCCGGUUCGUCGCCUGGAGAACCUUCAACUCGAUAAUAACCCGCUUGGCCGUAUUUCCGCCAGCACGUUCAGUUCCCUCACCCAGUUGGAGACACUCAUGCUGAAGAACACUAGCCUUACGGAGCUGAGAGGUAGUCCGUUCGUUUCGUUGGAAAAACUGAGCCUAUUGGAUCUAUCCGAGAACAACAUCGGAACCAUCGGAUCAGCGGAAUUGCAGGGUCUCAAGUCUCUCGAUGAGCUCUACCUCAAUAACAAUGACUUCGCUGAUGCUAAUUUGAGUGGCUUAUCUGUUGUAGAUAACGUAAAGUUGUUAACCAUAUCGUAUAGCAAAUGGAAUCCAUCGGCAGAUUUGCUGGUCAAUAAGACCAAGUUGGAAGAUCUCUACAUGCAAGGAGCUCAGUUCAAUGUACUGCCAAAUGACUUUUUCCUUUUCACCGGAAAACUAUCCCUUCUGUCUAUCUCCGACAACAAGCAGUUCAAUCAUCUUCCUAGCACCUUCUUCCAGCAUAUACCGUAUCUGAAGGAGCUAACGUUAGUGAACAAUAGUUUGUCAUCGUUCGAGCAAGGAGUUUUCGAUUAUUUGGGUCUGCUAGAGGAGUUGUACAUAAGAGGCAACCCAUUGCGAACGCUCCGUUCGGAUUUGUUUGCCAAGACGUACAGCCUGAAAACGUUGGAAAUAUCGGAAGCCAACCUUACCAGUCUACCGGUGGGAUUGUUCGGUUCCCUCAACCGUCUAAAAAAACUCGAUCUGGACAGUAAUCAGCUAUCGAAUCAACUAACGGAUCAAACCUUCCAGGGGCUGCACUCAUUAGAGAUUCUGUUGCUGCAGGACAACGGAAUAGAACGGUUGUCGCAAGGUGUUUUCGAUAGCCUAGUACUGCUGCAAGAAGUGUACCUUGGCCGUAACAAGCUGAGCUCGCUAGACUCCCGCCUGUUUGCCAACAUGCGCCACAUGAUGAUACUCGAUUUAUCGAACAACAAGUUCUCAACCUUUGAUCUGACUACAUUGUCGUUUGCAAGUCCUCUUCCUUGGCUGAAUUUGGAUAGUAACGGUUUGAAGACGAUCAAGAUUACACCAACGUUGAACAAGCUUUCAGUGGAUAACAACGAGCUGAGCUCGAUUAAUGUUGAUAAAACUACGCAGUCGUUUAGUAUGCUCAUCCAGCUUUCAGCCUCGCAUAAUCGGUUCUCAACGGUUCGAGCCUUUUACCAAUUCCCUGCAAUGUCGGAACUGAAUGUAUCGUUUAAUCGAUUUGAAACACUUGAUUUGGGUUCAUUGUCGAGCAAAAUGAUUCCGCUGAUGGCGCUGAACGCCUCCAAUAGCUACGUCAAACACAUUGGAAAAGCAUUCUUCCAGCCACAAUUGUUGUUCAUUCACUUGGACGUUUCAAAUAACAAUCUAACUAGCAUCCAAGAUUUCGGCGAGCUCCGGUAUCCAUUCUUGCAGAACCUUAUCAUUGGUGGCAAUCAGUUCGAUACGUUCUCGCUAGAGGAAAUGACCAAACAGUUCACUAUGCUGCGGACGAUCGGUCUUGAGGGCACUCAAGGCAGCUUGAGUUGUGAUUUCAUUCGUGGAUUGGAUCUAGAUCGUUUCUAUCUUAAUCAGUGGCGCAAACCACAGUUGGAAGGGAAACAACUAACAUGCGCGAAGCAAGUGAAGGGCAUCUGUUGUCUAUAA